AUGACAUCUUCGUUCGAUUUUCAUAACCUUACGUUCUCUCAAUGGCACGAUCUGUACCUCGACCUCAUCUCCGAUUCAACUUCAACGACGCGGCUUCGUCUCUACGACAGACCGCUCAACGAAUUUCAGAUUUCGGAUUUCGUUCGCACAAACGAGCUUCACAUUAUGCCAGCAAGAUCAAUGGAGAAUACAUCGAAAACAGAGGAAGAGUUGCAGAAGUCUGUUGCCAAGAGGGAUGAAGGAUUUGUCGUGGUUGUUAUAGAGAAGGAUGAAGGAUUUGUUGUGGUUGUUGCAGAGAAUGAAGGAUUGCUUUGGAUUGAAAGAACGGGCAUAGAUCAUGGCAAGUUACAAUACGCCAGUUUGGUCAUGAAGAAGAUAAUGAAGAUGGAAGCAAACUAA